AGUGUUGCAGUGGUGGGGAAGACAUACGUCAGAGCCAUAAUGGCGGAGGCUGGCUGAGAAGGAGAAUUACUCAGUGAAGCGGCGCUGAAACCAACUUCAUCGCCAGUCGACGAGGUGAUCGGUGGCCCCCACAAAAUGGCCUGCAAUUUCAACGAGGACCGAAAAUUCGAAAAGGACAGCAUAAGACCCGGUGGCUCAGCCUUGGACGGCGGCGACAGCCAGAAACAAUUGCCAGCCUGUACCACGACUACAUCCAAGCAAAAUGGCGAUCAAGCUGGAUGCGAAGACGAGCAAAUGUCUGAGCAAGAUGCUUCUGAGCGGCGAAGGAGCGGGCUGUCGGAUCUGAAACACUGUGGCAGUUCUCCCUCGACGCUGCAGAGGUCUGCCGAGGAGUUGCCACGGAGGAAUUUUCAAAUUCCUCGGAAGAUUAAGGAGCGGAAAGCAGGACUGCUCCAGCAGUUGGCCCCGGACUCGCGGGAGUUUGAGGAACUUGUUAAGCUCCUCUCUUCCUUCUACCUGGACACCUCCUCUCGAGGAGCUUUCACCUACACCAAAGCAUGUCUCGUUCACAGUGAGCUCUUGGAGAAAGAGUUCAUUGGGAAGAAAAGGGAACUCAAGCAGGCUGGCCGGACAGAUACCGAGCUCACGGAUUCCUAUGCCUUUCUGCUGCCUGAUGCAAACAAGACUCACUGGAUCUGUGAAAAGGGACUGUCAGUGGGACAUGCGCGGCUUAGCAAUUUGGGAAAUCCUGUUAAAGGGGUUUACCUUUCCAAAUACUCGGAUUUGUUGCAAAUUAAUCCAUUUGAAGUGGGAGCAUCUGGGGAUGUUAUUAUAUUUAAAGUCAUGAAGGGUAGAUUAAAGAGCAUAUUUGAAAAUAUGCCCAAGAGUAACCUGGAGCCUUCACCGAAGUUUGACUGCCACAUACACAAAAAUGCCAGCAAAGUAACAUCAUUACUGUCAUAUAGGGCCUUUGAGCUCACUCAGCAAUACUUCUACGAGUUUGCAUUCGAGGAGCCGAAGUCCCGCCCCAGGCACGUCUGUCCGUACGCUGUGGUAUCGUUUCAGUACAAGGGCAAGGAGUCAGCAGCGGCCGCCCACAGGUUAAGCAGUACUUUGUAUGAAGGACACAGAGUGCGGCGCAGGUACACGGUGUGGAGCGGUCCGCUGGUCAACCGGGGGGAAGAACUCUAUCAAGUGUGCAUCCGCUCUCCCAGCCUCCCCUUUCUACCCCUGAAACUCCCCGACAGGAUCGACAUCAGUGCAGCGAUGCAUCUCGACCAGGUGAAGAGGAAGAUCCCAUCCACGCUGCUCUCGUGGGAGACGUACAGCGGGACGCAGGAGGUGCACAAGUGUGGGAUCUACGGCAGCCUGUUUGAGGUGAUGGGCAAGACCAAGCAGGGCAACUGCCUGUCCGGACUGCUGCACCGACUGGAGAGGGAGAAAAUGGUUCUCGUGAAGCCGCUGGUGGACAGAGGUUUCCUGUUCCUCCUGUCGCCCGCUCACAUGCACGGUUCUAACGAGCGGCGAGGAAGAAAUGACAGAGGCUUGCAGGCACUUUUUGUUUUUCAAGAGCCAAGGAUCACGAGAUGCUUCAUGUCGAAGCACGCAGGCCCGCAAGAGGACAAUCUGGUCUCAUUAGAGCCAAAAGACCCGGUCACAGACCACCUCGACACCUACGUCCCUGCCUUGCAUCACGCCUUCGUCAAACUGCGCUCCAACCCACCCAAGGACCUGGCCGCCGGAGUGAAGAGCCAGGUGCAGGACUACCUGGGCCUCCGCCAGCAGGGCGUGGGCCGGCCCUUCGCCGCACCCGAGUACCGGCACAACCUGGACGAGCGGCCCAGCCUGCACCCGCCCCCCCGGGCCAAAGGCGUGGACUCGGCGCUGAGCACCUACCUCUACGGUCCCGCCGGCUUCCAGCUGCCGGUGGCGCGCCUGCGGCAGGGCACCGGCGAGAGCUGCUGGGGCACGUCGUCCCCGCCCGCCGGGGGGGAGGAGUACAGCCCCGUGUCGGACUGGGGCGGCCCCGACGGGCCGGCCGGCAGCGGCGCCAGGCCAGGGCUGGCGCAGUCCAACGGGGGCGGGCAGGGCGCCCGACUCGGCCAGGCCGAGUACGACAAGGACAAGAUGGAGAAGCUGCUGAAACUGAUCCAGCUGCACAAGCGGGCGCUGGGCAAGGAGGACGGCAGCGGGCAGGAGCGCGCAGACACCUGGGACCCCGCCGGGCUGAAGAGGAGGAGCGAGGGAGACGCACUGCCCGGCGUCAGCAAGUACCUGAAGACUGGCGCGCCAAGCAACGGCGAGCCAGGGAGGGUGCCGCAGGGCGACAAGCCGCUGUCUCUCUCGGCCGUGAUGGACAGCAUGGGGCUGUGCGACACGGACCUGCGCGAGCGCGUGGCCCACGGCGCGAGCGUGCAGGACACGCAGGCACUGCUGAAGCUCUUCUUCAGCGCCAUCAAGAAGAUCGCCCAGAGCCCUGGCCCGGCCGCCGCCACGUCAGCGCUGGCCCCUCAGCCGCAGGACGGCCCGGGGCCCGAGCCGGCCCGCGAGCCAGGAGAACACGCCGCCCGCAGCGACCUGCGCUCCCGGCACGCGGAGGAGGAGCAGACCGUGCAGGAGUAUCUGGAGGACCAGAUGGCGUGCAGCAUCAGCAGCAUGGACCUGUGCAGCCCGUCGUCCAACGUGGAGCAGCAGGCUGUCCGGCCCGUGGAACACGCCGGUCACACCCCCUCGCAGCAGAGAGCAGUGUCCACGGGCCCGGACGCUGCGGGCGAUGCGGGGACGUCCGGGUCGGACAGACCGACCCCGGUGGCAGGGAGAGCCGUCGAAUCCAUCCUGGACCAGGAGUUCCAGCACCUUUGCAUGGACAUCCGCGAACUGAUGGACACCCAGAAAAUCUACUAUGUUUCCCAACCUCCUUCGCCUCGGCAGGAGGGGGAGCCGAACAGGCUGAGCUCUGCCUUCUCUGCCUACGUGUCGAAGUACAUCCAGCCGGUGCCCGUGCAAGGUUACAUCAGCACGCUUUGUGAAUGGAUGAGUCGGAUGAGCGGCUCCUCCUCCGUUCCCCCUCGGCCCGCCCCUAGCAGCCCUGCCCCCGCCCCUCAGCCUGUCCCCGCCCCCGCGGUGGUCCCUCCUGUGCAGCCUGCUCCCGCUCCUCCGGUGUCUCCUUCUACGGUUACGACGCCUCCUCAUGCUGCGGUGGCACCCACUCCCCUCCACGCCAGACAGCCAGCCCCAAAGCCUAAACCGCAGGAGGCCGUACCCAAAGUGGCGCCACCCGCGCCCCAGAGCCCCUGCCCUGCCCCUACACCUGCCCCUCCAUCUGCCCCCACACACACACCCACACCUGCCCCCAAGAAACAAUCCUCUCCCACCUGCAAGCGUCGCCUGGGCACCAUCAAGGAGGCGCACCUGGUCCCAGUGGGGAAAAAGACUGACGGGCCGAAGGUCCCGGGUGUUGUGGACAGCCCUAAAGGCCUGCCCCCGGCAGGAAGCACCGGUCUCCCGCCCAUAGCAGAGUUGCCCCCUGACCCGGCCCAGGCGGGCGGCGCCGGCCCCGUCGGAAACAACGUGAUUGGCCAGCUAAAGCCGGACGUGUUGUGCACGCUGGUGGAGAUCAUGCAGAUGAACGCGGUCAAGUUUUACAUUCAGCGGGGGGAUGAGGAGGAGAGCAGGCUAUGCACUGAGAUUAAGGGGUACUUGGAAAGCCUCGGCAACAUCGAGUGCGACCCUCAGACGUACCUGGAAAACAACUGUCAACAGAAGUUUAUGGUCAUCAUUCAGAAUGAAGACAUUGCUUCUCACGUUCACAAGAUUCCAGCAUUGGUCUCCCUAAAGAAGUUAUCUACAGUGUACUUCGCCGGCGUGGACAGUCUAGACGACGUUAAAAAUCGCACUUACAAUGAGCUUUUUGUGUCCGGAGGCCUCAUCGUUUCAGACGAGCUCAUCCUCAAGCCGGACUUCAUCACACUAGGGAAGCUGCAGGCCUUCCUCCAAUUCCUGGAGGGCCAGAGCACGGCGUGGAAGUGGAAGGUGCACUGCAAGACCCAGAAGAAGCUGAAGGAGCUCAGCAGGUUAAACAGUGAAGCUCUGGACCUGCUGAACCUGCUGACAGCCUACCAGAAGAAGCACCUGGUGGAGUUCCUGCCGUACCACGAGUGCGAUGCCCCGGUGCGCCAGGCGCCGGACCUGGACUGCCUGGUGAAGCUCCAGGCCCAGCACACGCAGCUGCGCCACGUCAUCUUCCUCACGGAUAAGUGCUUUGAACCGCCCAAAUUCUCUAGUAAUGGGGUCAUCACUGCUGGCAUUAAUGACAUCAUGACGAACUUUGAGAGCCUGGUUAGCAGUACUAAAACCAACAUGCCCACUCUGCCCGCUCCGCCCACUGCAGGUUCGACGCGCUCUCCCACACACACACUCGCUGUGGAGCCCGACGUGUGUGUCGAAGAGGAGGACAUGUCCUUGGAUUCAGACGAGGAGGCGUCGGCAGUGCCCGAGGGCGGGGCGGAGAAAGCCAAGACGCCACUGCCUCCCCCGCCCCGGUGCGAGGAGUUUCGGCCCCCUCUCCCUGACCUGUCGGGCCGGGACCCCCUCUCUUCUUUCCCCGGCCGGAGUCAGAGCUCCUACCCUGUGGACUACAACGCGCUCAAGACCGCAAUCUCGCAGUACAAGGCCUCCAGGCAGGGCGGCGCGCCCACGGCCGAGGUGGACGACGGCCUGACCAGCUUCGGGGUCAACCCCCACCAGAGCUACCUGUACCCCAGCACGGCGCAGUGGAGCCCCUACCCCGCCUCCCCCGGCUACCACGUGGCCUCGGCCUACUCCUCGCCAGCCUGCUCGGCCUCGCAGGGCCCGGAAUACGCACAGCUGGGCACCCCAACCGUAAACCAGACCGGCACUCCUCCGCUCUCGUUGCCCCCUGCCCUGCCUCAGGCCAACCCCAGCACUCUGAUCCCUACGAUCCCCUCCACACAGCCCCCCCCGAACCCCGCUACCCUGGCCCCCGCCAACCCCUCUGCGCCUCCCGUGCCGCAGGUUUCUGGCGGUGCAGCGGAUGCCCUGCCUGCUCUGGAGGCUCCGCCUUGCCCUCAGCCCUCAGCACAGGCUCCGCCCCUGCCUGGCGACUCCGCUGCUGUAGCCUCAGGCGGCGCCGUGGGUCACGUGGCACCGUCUGGCUCUCAGGAUGUGCAGGGUAAAGCCAUGGAGUCUGCUCCCCUCGCGUCCCCUUCCUCUUCGUCCUCGUCGUCUCUGCCCGGAACGCUGCCGGGCUUCCCGGACCCCCCCGUGUUCCCCGCUCUCACGCCCAUCCCGCCCGUGCCGCCCAUGUUCAACUGGGCGGCGGCUCAGCACGGCUACGCGCCCGGGGUGAGCGUGGGGCAUUUCAGCACCCUCCCCCCCGCGCAGAGCGAAGCCGCAGGGAAGCCGGCCGCCCCGGGCUCGGCCGACGGACCGUGGGCGGCACCCGGCGAGGGUUCCACCCCCGGCGGUCAGGCGGAGGGGGGCACGGCCGUCGCGGCGCCCGGCCCGGCCCCUUUCCAGGAGGCGGGGUCGGAGAAGAGCGGCACGCCUGGGAAUCUGACGCCCAGCAGCCAGGGCAGCAGGACUCCAGUGAACUCAUGCGCAGAGAACAAAGGAGGCGGGCUGAGCCAGGCCCAGGCCGGGGGGGCCGCGCCCGGCAGGGGUGGAGCCGGCUGCAGAGCACUCCUCCCCCUCCCCGGAGCCGGGAUGGGCCCCGCGUGCCGAGGUGGGCUGCAGGGGCCAGCCCCACGCUGCGGCGGUGGCGGCACAUUCGGCCCCAGGGGGCCCAUGGACAUCAUGCGUGGAUGUUACAGGGGAAGGGGAGUUCCGCCAGUGCCCAUGAGAUCUAGACCGGGUCGGGGGCCGAUGCGGGGCGGCUCGGUCUGUAACUGGGGCUACCCUCCCGGGAGAGGGGCUGUCCCGGACUACUACUCGGACUACACGUACCCCUGAAUGCCAAGGCGAACGGUUAAAUAUUCACAGACUACUGCCGUAGAGAAUGUAUAUAUUUGACAUGAAGAGCACAUUGAUGAUGGUGAUGGAAUCAUGCUUUUGUACCAAUUAGAUCAAUAAUUCGGACAACAGCCGGCGUGGUGCUGUUGUUCAGACACGCCCUUCCUGAAACCUUGUUCAGACCACUAUAUUUAUAUUGCCAAGAAAUGUAAUUGCCUUUCACUGUUUUUUCGUUACAAUUUUCAGAACGGUUUGUGAACAAGGGACAAAUGCAGACAUAUUUUUUUAAAGAGAAAAAGUGAGUCACUCUUCAUUUUAGCUGGUUUUUGUUUGUUUUUUAUUUACAUUCUUGGUUGUACAAAUGUUCUAUUAAAACAAGGUUGUAUCAAACAUGGAACUGUGUUUGACUAUAUUAUCUGCAGGAAGUGGCUAGCUGUGUUCUUCAUGUAUGCAUAUGUAUGAUGCGUUUCUAAGUAUGGUCUGUUUACAGAUUUCUCCCCUACAGAGGACCCCUCUCGGUCUUCAUGGACGUGUAUUUAAUGUCUGGCCUGCAGAGGGCGGUGUUCUGUCUUUGUUUCUGAGAUAUUGGGAGUCCAUGGCACUAAACUUGCACUGCAGAAACUGCAGAAAUUUUUUUUUAAAUCCUACUUUGUAGGUUUAAAACAUGUUCUUUGGUCUGUUUCAUAAAUCUGUUUUUAAGCAGA